AUCGACGCGUCAAGCUUUGAGUACAUCCGGACCCUUGAAGUCGGGGAAACCGGAGAGUCCCUCAUUGCGCGCAAAGCAGACACCGGGAAGGUGCAUACGGUGAAGUUGGUCAGGAAAUCCGGACACAACGCGGCGGGGCUCGCGACGCGCAUCGCGAGUGAGCAGAAGAUCCUCCGAGUAUCGACAGAGUGCUGCGUGCCAUUCGUCGUAAGCUUGUUCUGGAGCUUUGAGGAUGAGCGCGCGAUGUACUUGGUCAUUGACCGGACGGACGGGAGGAAUCUGCGGACUAUCAUUGAGACGCAAGGGCCGUUGACCUCGCAAGAAGCAGUCCUAUGCGCUGCAGAAUUGGUCGAAGGCAUCUCUGGGCUGCAUGCGCUAGGGAUCGUCCAUGCCACUUUGACCCCGGAGAGCAUUCUCGUCGGCGAAGACGGACAUGUAUUCAUUUCCGACUUCGACGAUUCCGUCUUCCUCCACGAUGACGUUGAGAGACACAACCAACCGCAGGCGGCACCGUCUCUGAUCUGUCUGGAAUACCAAGCACCGGAGAUGAUACUGGGCUGGGAACACGACUACGCCGUGGACUGGUGGAGCUUCGGACUGGUGCUCUACUGGACCUUGACCGGCAACCACCCGUUCGUCAACCUGAGGGAGACGGAACACCCGUCUAUCGUGCGGAGUAAAGUUCUGCAUGCGAGGUUGACGGACGACCGCCUGGGUAUGGAUGAAGAUGUGUAUCAACUCAUCGCACGUUGUCUUCAGCGAAAUCCUGCCCUUCGCAUUGACGGACCUGGGGCGAGAAUGCACGCAUACUUC